AUCCAAACUGUCACCAAGAAAGUGUUGGUGCCACCACCCAUUGAAGAACCACCUAAUGUCACUGAAUCUGCUUUUGCUAUGAUGAAUGAGACAGUGCGUGAAGCACCACCAGAAGCCCAGAUGGUCAUUAAGAAAGGACUUGAAUUUAAGGAUGGCAUGAAUGUCCUGGGUUUGAUAGGAUUCUUUAUUGCUUUUGGCAUUGCUAUGGGGAAAAUGGGAGAACAGGCCAAGAUGAUGGUGGAUUUCUUCAACAUCCUGAAUGAGAUUGUAAUGAAGUUAGUAACUAUGAUCAUGUGGUAUUCCCCUUUGGGCAUUGCUUGCCUCAUCUGUGGAAAAAUCAUUGCAAUCAAGGACUUAGAAGUAGUUGCUAGACAGCUCGGCAUGUACAUGGUCACUGUGAUGGUGGGUCUUCUCAUCCAUGGAGGGAUCUUCCUGCCUCUGCUCUACUUUGUGAUUACCAGGAAAAGCCCAUUUUCAUUCCUUGCUGGGAUUUUCCAGGCGUGGAUCACAGCACUAGGCACAGCUUCCAG